GCGUAUCAGCAGACGACGUGACGUCGUUGGGUCUCGAGGGGGAAGCAGCUAGGAAUUGCUGUUCUUCAACUACCAACAACCGAAAACUACCGCUGCAGAGACGAAAUGAGGGGGGGUUCUUCAUACGGAGACAGGGACAGAGACCGUGGGCGAGACAGGCCACGGUUUGGAGGGGGCAUGGGUGGCCGUGGUGGAGCCCCGCCCUUAAAGUUUGGCAAUCCAGGUGAGCGUCUCCGCAAGAAGAGGUGGAACCUUGAUGAGCUGCCAAAAUUUGAAAAGAACUUCUAUAACGAACACCCAGAUGUCCAGCAAAUGGGUCAGUACGAUGUUGAGGAGUUUCGCAGAAAGAAGGAGAUCACCGUCAGAGGCUCAGGCUGUCCAAAGCCUGUGACUGCUUUCCAUCAUGCGCAUUUUCCCCAGUAUGUGAUGGAUGUUCUGAUGCAUCAGAACUUCAAGGAGCCCACAGCGAUCCAGUCCCAGGGUUUCCCAGUGGCCAUGAGUGGCAAGGACAUGGUGGGAAUUGCACAGACUGGCUCUGGAAAGACACUGGCCUACCUUCUUCCCGCUAUUGUACACAUCAACCACCAGCCAUAUCUGGAGAGGGGAGAUGGUCCUAUAUGUCUUGUUCUUGCCCCUACCAGAGAACUGGCCCAGCAGGUUCAGCAGGUUGCGUAUGACUAUGGCAAGUCUUCCCGCAUCAAAAGCACCUGCGUCUAUGGUGGAGCUCCAAAAGGACCUCAGCUUCGAGACCUUGAAAGGGGGGUUGAGAUCUGCAUUGCCACACCUGGUCGCCUUAUUGACUAUUUGGAAUCUGGGAAGACCAACCUACGCCGCUGCACCUACUUAGUGCUGGAUGAGGCUGACCGCAUGCUGGACAUGGGCUUUGAACCGCAGAUUCGCAAAAUAGUUGACCAAAUCAGGCCUGACAGGCAGACUCUUAUGUGGAGUGCAACUUGGCCGAAGGAGGUUCGGCAGCUUGCCGAGGACUUCCUGAGGGACUACAUCCAGAUUAAUAUUGGUGCUCUGGAGCUCAGUGCAAACCACAACAUCCUGCAGAUAGUUGACGUCUGCAUGGAGACGGAAAAGGACAACAAACUCAUUCAGCUGAUGGAGGAGAUAAUGGCAGAGAAGGAGAACAAAACCAUAAUUUUCGUGGAGACCAAAAAACGAUGCGAUGAUCUUACUCGGAGGAUGAGACGUGAUGGGUGGCCGGCCAUGUGUAUCCAUGGAGACAAGAGUCAACCAGAAAGAGACUGGGUUCUUACAGAAUUCAGAACAGGCAAAGCCCCCAUUCUGAUUGCCACUGAUGUUGCCUCUCGUGGUCUGGACGUGGAAGAUAUAAAGUUUGUCAUCAACUAUGACUUUCCAAACUGCUCUGAGGAUUACGUUCAUCGUAUUGGACGUACGGCCCGCAGCACCAAUAAGGGCACGGCUUACACCUUCUUCACACCCGGAAACCUGCGACAGGCCCGAGACCUCGUCCGGGUGCUGGAGGAAGCUCGGCAAGCUAUUAAUCCUAAGCUGAUGCAGCUCGUGGACUCCGGUCGUGGAGGAGGCGGCGGGGGCAGAAUGCGUUACCGCGGGGGCGGCUCCAACAAUCCGAACCUCAUGUAUCAGGAUGAAUGCGAUCGCCGCAUGCGCUCAGGCGGAGGCAAAGACAACCGCGGCGGCUACAACCGUGACAACCGCAACAACCGCAACGAAGACCACUCGUCCUCCUACAGGGACAGAAGCCGGGAUCACAAGAACUACAACAACUCUGGUUCCGAUCAGUACCAGAACUACAACAACAACGGUGGCGGCGGCUACCACACCCGCAGCGGAGGUGGUCAGCCCGGCGGCGGUCAGGAUCAGUCCAGCCAGCAGCAGCAGCAGGGUCAGUUUGCUCAGGCGCCUCCUCCUCCUCCUGCACCACCGUCAGGAGGUCCGCAGCCUCUGAUGGCUCAGCAGUUUCCCCAGCCGCAGCCUCCACUCAUGGGCUUCAUGGGGCAGCCUCCAUACCCCCAGUUCUCCUCUCCUCCACCUCCUGGCCCACAACCUCCACGGAAGUAAUGGUACCACCGCCGAGUUAAUUUGUGCAGCUUUGUGUGUCGAGCUCUGUUCUUACUGUGUAUCCCAGAAGCAGAGGUUUAACAGUGUUACGUGGAUUACCAGAUCCCAGGUUGUCACUUGGCUUAGAUUGCGUGCAACAAUGUCCCACGAAAUGUUUUUUACUUUGAUCGGCUGUGAAAUGUGAAAAUGAGCGGGCGGUUGUAAAAGAUUGGACCCGAGCAAACUUGUCUGAGGUUGAGACUUCUUGUCUACAAGAAAAAAAAAGUUUUUUAAAAUCACAUUCCAACCUCUCCCUCAGCUUCGUUCACGUUCAGACUGACAUUCAGCGGAUUGUAACGCUUCAGCUAACACAAACUAGUUUGUGAAUUUUUUAUUUAGUAGUUAAAUAUCCUUUGACCACUCUAAAAAUUUAUUUUAGGAUUCAUUCUGUCGUGCAUGUCGUACUAUUUCCUGUUGUGUUGCUGGUCA